ACACGACAAACGAUGAAGCCUUGUCGUCCAGAACAGCCAUAGUUGCCUAGUAGGUGAGGCACCAGCACAUACGCCAUGGGAGUCUUGGACCAUCUCUCCGAUAUGUGCAGCAUCACCGAGACGAAGGAAGCCCUCAAGCUCAGGAAGAAGCGCCCAUUGCAGACGGUGAACAUCAAGGUGAAGAUGGACUGCGAGGGGUGCGAGCGGCGGGUGAAGAACGCCGUCAAGUCGAUGCGGGGCGUGACGAGCGUGGCAGUGAACCCGAAGCAGAGCAAGUGCACGGUGACGGGGUACGUGGAGCCGAGCAAGGUGCUGGAGCGGGUGAAGAGCACGGGCAAGGCGGCGGAGAUGUGGCCCUAUGUACCAUACACGCUCGCCACCUACCCCUACGUCGGCGGCGCCUACGACAAGAAGGCCCCGGCGGGGUUCGUACGCAGCGCGCCGCAGGCCAUGGCCGACCCCAGCGCGCCCGAGGUCCGGUACAUGUCCAUAUUCAGUGACGAGAACGUCGACGCGUGUACCAUCAUGUGAUGCGAGCCACCGGCGUCACAACCAGCGUCAUCCGACUCCGACAACAUGCAUGUGGAUGGAUGGAGUUCAGACCUUCAGAGAAAAAAAGAAAAUUAAGCAGCUGUACUGCAACUCGUUUGCUACGAAGAGUUGUAUAUAUGUCUGGUUUUGUACUCGUGUUUUUACGCCUUGGAUGAAAAAUUGAAAAGCCAUCGGGAUCCCUACGGGUUUGUUUGGAACGCAGUUUUUCAAACAAUUGCGUAGGAAUUUCACACGAAACUGUCCAAU